UGUUUUCGAUGAAUUUAGUCGAAGCAAGCGGUCAACACGCUGAUCAAGCCAUGUGAUAUUUCCCUGCACGAAGUACUGCGUGCAGUUUGGUUGCUACAAUAUACUAUAUUGAGCGGGACAAUGAAGACAGAAGCAGAAACAGAAUCAUUUUGAUUAGAGAACUGAUAAAUUUCCGAUUGCAAAAAUUACAUCCUUCUAGUCAUGCAUGUUUGUCUGUCUCGUUAAGAUCGAACGUGAUCAAUCAUAUUCACAACUAAGACAGGCGACAAGGAAUGAGUGUCUUUUUCUCUUUUCAUUUACUAGCGACGUUUUUUUUAUUGAUGCCGAAGUUUCCCGCAGAGGCAAAUCUCGCCCGUGUCCCCCCAUGGUCAUUUUUGUUGUUGCUUCAUUGAGAUGUUUAUUGUGUACAGGAGCGAAAAAUGUCCUCCGCGCGAAACAGUUUAUGACUACUCUUUGAUUGAAGCCACGUGAAGACAUCCCAAGUAUUUGAAGAGAUAUGAUCUGCAUUCUGCAACUACCGAUUUAACAAAAGAUGUAGUUUUUUUUGUGUCGGGAUGCGUGACGAUUUUCAUCUAGUCGUUGCCGGUGUGGACUAGGUGGAAUCUCGAGAGUAUCGAUAAGAACUAGAAAUUGUGACCAUUUUUUAUUGAUAGAUGCUUCAAUUUGUGCAAGUAGAUUCACUAGAAGGUAGACAAUCGUAACGGAUUCAUCUUUGAUAGAUCAUUUGCAGGCGAAGCUCUUCACUUACCGACUAGUUCGACGUUAUUUUCUAGCGCUUUUUGGCGCUCGAAGCAGCACUCCCAAAAAAAUGCCGCCAAAAAAGAAGCCAGCGGCCGCUAAGGCCAAGGCUGGCGCUGCCAAGAAGGCAGCUGACAAGAAGGCGCCGGCCAUGAAGCAGGCUGCGAUGAAGUCUGCCGUUGCGAAGGGGAAAGAAGAGAAAAGCUCGAAAGCAGGAAGGGCUGCCGCGAGUUCAUCUUCUUCGAGCAAGCCGGUGAUGAAAUCAGUAGCCGCAAAAGGAAAAUCAAAGCCAGCAGUGAAGGGUGCUGCCGCAACGAAUUCCGCGAAGAGUUCAAAAGCGAAGGCAAAGAAAGAAGCAACUCCACUAGAGAAUGAUGACGAAGAAGAGGAAGAAGACGAGGACGAAGAGGAAGACGCAGAAGAGGACGAGGUAAGAAAAAUUACGAAGGGUGCUGACAUCUAAGCAUGUUCUUUAAAUCUGAUAGUGAAAGACUUUGCUUGUCGUAUUCAGUUGCUUCAUCGUCGAUCCCUAUGCCUAUCAUAGUCUUGCACAAGCACAGUGAAUCACCCUUUCUUUUAUGACGAACGACCCUAAUAUGUAUCUUCAGGACGAGGACGACGAGGCUGAAGACGAAGAGGCCGCAGAGGAGGAUGAGGAAGAAGCGGCGGAAGAGGAUGAAGAUGAGGAAGAGGCUGCGCAGGAGGAGAGCGAGGAGGCAGCCGAAGAGGAAGCUGCGGAGGAAGAGGCAGUGGAGGAGGACGAAGAGGCAGCAAGUAGUGGUACCAUGUAGCUGUUUGUGCUUUCUAGAAAGCAUCCCGUUUUCUUACAAGAUGACUGGAAAAGGUUUCUCAAUACGAAAAGUGCUAACUACGUUUAUCUUGGUGGAAAAGACUGCAAUUUCGUUUUGAUUUUUGUGGAAGAAAAUGCAUAGCAGCAGGAGCCCAAAAGGCAUCAUGAUCAUGUAAGAAAGUUGCUUAAACAAGAAAUAUAUUCAUAUUCUCCUCCUCCUCGCACAGCUGCAAUGGAUGUUGAUUCGCCUGUGGAAGAAGACGCAGCGGAAGAAGAGACCGGAAAAAAGGCAAAGAACGGUGGUGGAAAAAUGAAGUCAAAGAAGAAGGUAGAGUCCUCUGGCUCGGACGACGAUGAACCAAUAGUGCCAGCAUCGAAAAAGCGGAAGGAAAACGUACGUUGGCAUCUGGCCAUAUUUCCCAUCGCUACCUAUCCUAAGAAAGCCAGAAAAUGAACUGAUAGAUAAAACUACCUCUACCUCUAGUAAAUCAUUUGCUCUCCUUAACUCAGGCUCCAUCACCAGAUGAGAAGAAAGACCGACCGCAGUACAGAUUGCGUGACUUCGAGGUGGACGAUAUGUCAGUAGUGUAUGGUGAAGACGGCUUAGACGAGUUUGAUGGGCACUACGGUCUUGUUGAGGACGUCGUCGCUGGUGCUGAAAAGGCCGCGGUGCGAGCAGGACACGAGGAAGAGUUCAACCCAGAACUGAAAAGGCUUCGAGAGGAGCACGAAAAUAUGCGUGCUGGUCUGGUCGAAAACGAGGAGGUUCGGAAGGCUCUGCAAGAAAAGUACUGCGUUAUAAUGCUUGAUCUAGUCGUUAGAUUUUCUUAUUUUGUUGCGUUGUAAGAGCCAAUGCCUCUCAUCCUGUAGUUGAACGACAUCAAUGGUUUUUUUCACAUACGCUUUACGUAUUUCGAUGAAUCUCACAGAGCCGAACGCCGAUUGCCGCAGCGUGACGCGGAUAAGAAGGAGGAUGACGACGAGGAUCACGGGCACGAGGAUUUGAACCAAGCCUAUACGUACAUUUUUGUCGGCGAUGUUAGCAAACAAGUGUACAAGUACGAUCAGGUGAACCGAUACUGGCGUAUCCGUACCGAUCAGGCCCCGUUGACGAUCCAUGACACCGAGGGGGAGAACACGAGAGUAAUUCACGGCAUGACUCGUGAGGAGUACUUGGAAGACUUGUAUCAGAAGCGGGAAGACCGGAGACAACAAGCUGCAUUCGAAAAGCGACAAGCACAAAGGGAAAGGCAAGAGCGGCAGCGCGAAAAGCGCGACUCGACGAUGCUUACGGGCGCCGAGAGGGCAGAGCGCAAAGCCAGAAAAAAGAGAGAACGCGAACAACGCCCUGGUGCUUUUACUUUUUAUACCGACAUCUCGAUCUUGAGCGUCAAGCUUUCUCUAAGGCAUAAUCACAGAUGUUGCUGCUGCAUUUCCUUGGGCUUCAAUAUCCACCCACCUAAUUCUUGUUCUAUCUAGUGCUUGAAGACUCUUGUUCAAAAGUUCGCAAGUGCUGGAGGAUGACCUUGUAUGUACUCUUCAUCUCAGGUGCGCAGCAGUUUUUGGAGAGCGAGAGCGAACUGGAGGAAGAUGCCGAGAUGCAAUUAGAGGAAGGACGCGCUGAACUAGAAGCUGUGAACCCAGACCCUGCGUUGCGGGAGCUGCGAAAGCUUGCAGAGGUUAGCCGCAAGAUAGCCGAAUCGGAUCAGGGGGACCCCGAUAUCAUUGCUUUCACAGACAAGUACGGAUUUGGUUAUCGAAUGUGGCGGUGGAAGCUGAUUCAUCCCUUAAGGCUCAGGAUAGAAAAUAGAUUUAAAAAAUUGAUUUUCCCAGAAGUAGCAGUAGAUAAUUGAAUCUAAAAGUUGAAGUUUAGUUUUUUUUCUCAAUAUUUGUCGAUCGAUAUCCUACAAGAAUUAGAACAAUUUUGAGAGAACAACUUAGGAACUGCUACUACUGCGCGCCGGGAAUGCAUGAAUGCAAUGAAAAGCUUUGCCUCUAAUCAGGACUACUUCUGCGAAGACGGAAGAGGCACAACGCAAACCUCCAAAGAAGAUCGAGCUGUCCAAGGAAGACGCUGUGACCAAGGAAGCGAGAGAAAAGCUCGGAUUUCACUACCGUCCGAAAGGGGAUGAUAAGCAUGUACCAGACAAAUACCUCAUUGAAUUUCGACGCAUCGACGAGGAAACCGGCUACUGGAGACCAGAAGAUGGCGAAGAGGAGGAUUGGAAGAUCGUUUACCGUGAAAAAGUCGAUGUUAUGGAUAUCAUUUUUUUGACCAGGGGAAUACAGAAGAAUUCAAUCGAUGUUAAUAAAUGUGAGUAUUUGAGUAAUAAGUAUGUUUCUUACUAGUCAGUGUGAAAUGAGAGUUUGGUAAAUGAGUCUGUGGUCUUUUAUCAUCAUACAUAGGAAGAUACAACCUCAUCUUUGUACGAACCACUUCAUUUUGGAGACGACCGAGGAAGUGCGGCAAGGCACUGCUGCGCGUAAAGUCAGCGAUUCGUUAGCACAAGCGGACGAGAAGCUUGUCACGAGGCUGAGGCUAGAGGCGGCGGAUGCCGCUGGCUCGGGCAAUAGGCAAGAUCGGCAGCUGGUACAAAGGAAACAGCACAAGCUGUUUUUCAAGCAGUGGAAGGACUUGAUCGCGGGAAAGACUCGACCUAACCACGAGCAUUCGGAGCGACCGGAAGCGUACUGGUUUUUCCUGCGCCACGGGUCCAUGUCGCGGAGGGACUUGUAUGCACCUCCGCACAACUUCGAGACGGGCUUCCAAGGUCGGUCCGGAAUCCGCUUUGUCGCCCAUGACCGUUUUCGAGAACAGCAGAACAAGGUAUUCUUGGGACGCUUACUACAGCAACGCACGCUUCCGAUCAGCAACAGCAUGAAGCCGCUGGCCUACAAGAACGAACAAGCGGAUGCUGCAACGGCCGCCAAGCAAAAGGGCUCCGCCAAGGUCCCCGCUGAGGCCACCUAUGCUGGUGUGGAGGCCGACCAGUACGACGCUGGUGCGGAUGCUAAUUUAUUGGAUGGAGGGGAUCGCAGUGCUGUCCCUUAUGCGAUGGGGCCCGACUAUGACCAAGGUGAACUCUACGACGAAAAUGCUCCUUGGGACGCACACGAAGCCGAUGCGUUCGGCAAUAUCUCUGCGGCGCCAAACCAAGACGACUACAACUAUGGUGCCUAUUAAUCAGAGUAAUUCGAGUAGUCAUGCGACCGUGAUCAAGAAUGUUCAGCUGAGACGCGUUGAUGAUGAUGCGAUCGUUGACGAGGAACACGCAGUAGAUGAAAUCCCAUACACUUUUUUUCAGAAGUUUUCCUCUUGGCACGUCGAGGAACUGUGAAUUUAUAAAAAAUGAAUGAAACAAGUUGAAAUCGAUUCCAGAUUUUCUUCACCGAAAGUAACAGAUUAAAUCCACAUAGUAAAUACAUCUGUGCUACGUACCAGCACUGGCAACCCAAAAUUAUACUUUUUCGAUUUUUGAUGCAGUUGAUUCUAGCUAAAAACUGGCUAUGAAAAUAACUGGAAAAAAUCAUGAUGAAAAACCUCCAAUUGAUAGGGACAAGAUUGUUGUACUCUCAGUCAUCAAAUAGUACAUGCCCAUCAGGAUCAUGCUGUGCC